AACUUCAAUAUACAUUUAAUGGAUUGCGCUAACCAAAAAUAAACAAAAUAUUUUCAUAAAAUACUGGAAACAAUUUUAAACCUUUUCAAAAAAUUCAAAAAUUUGAAUUUUGAAAUUAAUAUUAACUUUUAUUAAUAAUUUGUUCGCAAUAAUGUAUGGAUUUGUGAAUUACGCUUUGGAAUUAUUAGUGGUGAAUUCAUUUGGAGAGGAAACAUGGGAAAAAAUAAAAAAAGAAGCCGACGUGAACAUGGAAGGUCAAUUUUUGGUUCGACAAAUUUACGAUGAUGAAAUAACUUACAAUUUAAUUGCGGCUGCCGUGAAUUUACUAAAAAUUCCUGCGACAGCUAUACUUGAAUUAUUUGGCAAAACAUUCUUUGAAUUUUGCCAAGAUUCUGGUUAUGAUAAAAUUUUACAAGUGUUGGGCGCUACACCAAGAGAUUUUUUACAAAAUUUGGAUGCAUUGCAUGAUCAUUUGGGUACACUCUAUCCAGGAAUGAGGGCACCAUCAUUCCGUUGUACAGAACGUCCAGAAGAUGGUGCACUAGUAUUACAUUAUUACUCCGAUCGACCUGGUCUUGAACAUAUUGUCAUUGGAAUUGUAAAAACAGUUGCUAGUAAAUUACAUGGAACUGAGGUGGAAGUAAAAAUUUUAAAAACAAAAGACGAAUGUGAUCAUGUACAAUUUUUAAUCACCGAAACUUCCGGCAGCAAAACUGUUUCACAACCAGAAAUUACUGAAGUUGAAACACUUUCACUUGAACCAAAAGUAAGCCCAGCUACAUUUUGUCGAGUAUUUCCAUUCCACAUAAUGUUCGAUCGGAAUUUAACAAUAAUCCAAACUGGUUCAACUGUGGAACGCGUUAUUCCACAAGUCACUUUUGAAGAUUGUAAAAUCACUGAUGUUCUAGACACUGUACGUCCACAUUUGGAACUAACAUUCGAAAAUAUCUUAUCACAUAUUAACACGGUUUAUGUCCUCCGCACUAAACCUGGUGUAAUGGAAGUCGAUGUUCCUGAAGAGUAUUCAUCUUUACGUCUUAAAGGACAAAUGCUUUACGUACCCGAAACGGAUUUAGUCAUAUUUUUAUGUUAUCCAAGUGUUGUCAAUUUGGAUGAUUUAACACGACGUGGACUUUAUAUAAGCGAUAUACCGUUACAUGAUGCUACACGCGAUUUAGUACUUAUGUCCGAACAAUUUGAAGCUGAUUAUAAAUUAACACGUAAUUUGGAGAUGUUAACCGAUAAAUUACAACAGACGUAUCGUGAAUUGGAAGGUGAAAAACAGAAAACUGAUAGUUUAUUGUAUUCUGUUCUGCCGAUAAGUGUUGCAAAUGAAUUACGGCAUCAAAGACCGGUGCCAGCAAAACGUUACGAUUGUGUAACGCUUUUAUUUUCUGGAAUUGUGGGAUUCAGUUCAUAUUGUGCAGCAAAUACUGAUUCGCGUGGUGCCAUGAAAAUUGUUCAAAUGUUAAAUCAACUAUAUACAGCUUUUGAUGUUUUAACUGAUCCCAAAAAGAAUCCAAACGUUUACAAGGUUGAAACAGUUGGUGAUAAAUAUAUGGCCGUAAGUGGUAUACCAGAGCCAUGUCAAACUCACGCACGGUGUAUUGCACGUUUAGCAUUGGAUAUGAUGGAUUUGGGUAGGGAAGUGCAAAUUGAUGGGAAACCUGUAAAAAUUACAAUUGGUAUACAUUCUGGUGAGGUGGUGACUGGUGUAAUUGGACAUCGUAUGCCACGAUAUUGUUUAUUUGGUAAUACUGUGAAUUUAACAAGUCGAACAGAAACAACUGGUUCACCAGGGAAAAUCAAUGUAUCAGAAGACGCAUACAAAUAUUUAUCUCGUGAAGAUAAUCAGGAUCCACAAUUUCACUUUGAAUAUCGAGGACCAAUUACAAUGAAAGGUAAAUCCGAUCCAAUGAAUGUGUGGUUUUUGUCACGCGCUAAAACUCCAUCCACGGAAUAAACCUGUUGC